GAUCCUCUUCCUGAAUCCACCAUGUGUGAUUAGUGAACAUCUGUCGAAAUCCUGUGACUAUUUGUAGUGAGUAAUAUAAAAACUCGUGUAAACUACAUCUCGAACGAAUAAUAUAAUCAAUAAUCAUCGAAUAAAUUCCACAAGUGGGAGGUCUGAGAUUUGACACAGUGGCAAUGGAUGAGAAGAAUUUCAAAGAAACAACUAAAAUAACUCGCUCUCAAGCGCGUCAUCUGCGUCGGAAGCGUCUCAUCAUCGCCCGUAGAUCACCCCCCGAAAGCACUCCCUCAGAAUCCCAGGAAAACUCCCGAGGGCCCUCGAAACCCGCCGUGAUUGAAUCUCUAUCAAAAAUUUCAAAAUCGAAAGCUCGGCGGCUGCGGAAGAAGAACAAUCCCACAACCUCCCCAAGUCCCCCAUCGACGUCUUUUGAUAUCUCCGAAGUCACCUCUACAAACUCCAUCCCCACCGAGGAAAUCCGUCCGGAUCCGGAGAAGAAUUCCCAGAAGGUCCUCCCUACCCCGACGAAUCCCCAAGAGCUUCUGAACAACGAGAAAAACUUGAAAAUUACGGAAUCCCUCAGUCGUUCUGAUCCGAAGGACUCAAACACCGAAUUAAUCAUCAAAGCGUCAAUUAUCCAACCCCCAGACCUGGUCUGCAACACAUCCAAAGAUGUUAUCAGCCAUGAGCUCACACUGAGCCAUGACUCAUCAAAGUCCCCAGCACAAUCGACCCUAGAAAUCAUCCUCCCAAAGACUGUCACCACCAAAGAAUUUAAAAUGAAUGCAGAAUGUAAAACCAGAGAGGAGAUAAAGGCGGAGAGGGAGGCGAAGAAGGCAGCUAAAGCAGCAGCAAAAAACAAGUCAAAGGGACCAAAGCAAAAUUCCGAACAGACAGCUCCAGGUACCGUCUCGAAGCCUCCAAAGGCCCCCUUGAAGCCGAGUCCUGCGAAUCAUCACGAAAACUCUCUCUCAGUGCCUGAUAGUAAGUCUAGAGUGAAUAAUCUCAUGUCAGACGAAGAAGUAGAGAAAGAGAUUUCGAUUGUCGAAGAGCAAUUCUCGAAUUUAUCAGUCUCCGAAGUCGUGGUGCCACCACAUCAGCUGGCAGUAUCACGAGAGAAGAUUAAGCAAGAGCUAAAGACUGGUGAUGAGGGGAAGAGUAAGGCCCAGCUGAGAGAGGAGAGGAGACGUAAGCAGGAGGCCCAGAGAGCUGCGAAGGAAGCGCAGAAGGUCGCGAAGACCGAGUCAAAGAUGCCGAAAGCCUCGCAGGCUGAGGAGAAGCCCAAGGAGAUUCCGAAAUCUUCGGGGAAGAUCAAGAAGGUGAUAUCCAAAAAUGGCAGCCACGAGGUGGGACUGUUUAAACAUCUGUAUCACGAGAGGGGUCAAGCGUUCGUGGAUACUCCACCUGUUAAUUCUCAUGUACAUCCAGCUAUUGUCAGACUUGGCGUUCAGUAUGCCAGCAAAAUCGUCGUCGGUAGUAAUGCCAGGUGUAUUGCCUUUCUUGCUGCGAUCAAGGAGAUGAUUCAGGACUUCGAGAGACCUUCGCAGGCGGAUUUUACUAGAGGAUUGGAGGCCAGCUUGCAGGAGCACUCCGCUUAUCUACAUCACUGCAGGCCCAUGGCUGUCACUAUGCACAAUGCGCUGAGACAUCUCAAAUGGCAAAUAUCACAACUGGAUUCCAGUAUUCCUGAUAAUGAGGCAAGAACGAAGUUAGGAACAGCCAUCGAUACUUAUGUAAAGGAGCAGAUUCUCCUGGCAGGCCAGGCGAUUUCGAUAGCUAUUCAAUCGAAAAUCUCUAAUGGGGAUGUCAUCCUCACAUGCAGCUAUUCUUCGUUGAUUCAAAAAAUUCUCUGCGAAGCCCACGACCAGGGGAAGAAGUUCAGGGUUGUUAUACUCGAUGGGAGACCUUUCUUAGAGGGCAAGGAGUUACUUAGAAGACUGGCGAAAUAUGGAAUUGAGUGCUCUUACGGAAGGAUCACCCAAGUCAGCAAUGUAAUCAAGAAGGAAGGAGUAAAUAAAGUUUUGCUCGGUGUUCACGCAAUAUUUGCGAAUGGCGCAAUAAUGUCACGCCUGGGAACCGCUCAAAUCGCCCUAAUGGCCAAAGCCUUUAACAUCCCCGUGUUGUUUGCCUGUGAAACAUACAAAACCUGCGAGAGAGUUCAAACAGACUCAAUAGUUAACAACGAAAUCGGUGAUCCUAAUGAACUUGCCAUUGGUAGUACUGCAUUGGCAAAUUGGAAAGCACAGCCCAAUCUGAAUCUUCUCAAUCUCACGUACGACGUAACACCCCCCGAGCUAAUAACAGCUGUUGUCACCGAACUUGGUAUUCUUCCCUGCACAAGUGUUCCUGUUAUCCUUCGUAUGAAAGCCUCAGAAAUAUAAACAAUUGAUUUGUUAAUUAUGGAAGCGCUUGAAACGAUUGGUAUACUAUUAUUUACAAUUUUAUAAUAAAAACAUUGAUUAUAUCGCUUUAUUAUUAUGAUGGAAUCAAUAAGUAUCUGUAGAUUUUAAUAAAUUUUUGAAGCUCAAUUAAAUACCA